AUGCGCCCAGCGUAUUUGGCGUCAAUAACCGCGAACCCGAAACCUUGUCUGGUCGACAACUACGCCGACGCCUUUGUGGUUGGCCAGCAAGAGGAACGGUUGGAGCUGCAGCUACUUCCGCAUGAGGCAUCUGGCGCACUGAGCGGCGUGGGUGAAACCCCCUCAUGGCACACGCAUCUUGGUGCUGUCAGGACGCCAGGAACAGGCCAGAGGGUGGUCACCAUCCCCGUUGUAGCAAUCCUGGCCGGCCACGCGCUGGCCCGAGUGCUCAGCGACACGCCUGGGGCAAGCUCCUGGCAGGCUGGAGGUGUGAUUGGCGCUAGAGACGGCACAGCGAACAGCACCCAUCUUCUGCACGUUCGUCGGCCGCUGGCGUUCGGCGGGCUGGGGUGGUGCCGGCAGCAGGAAAAGGGGGCCUGGAAGGGAGAGAAGGAGCGGACCCCACCGGUUGAUCCACGCUUCCCGAUAUAUACGAUCGGGAAUCCACGUCGGAUGGAGACCCCCUUAAUCUACAGAGGAGGGCAAGAUUGCAACGGCGAGGAUCAAUAUGAUGAAUAG